GUUUCAAAUAAGGCAUAUCGUUGAAAAGGUGUUGUAUUUUCGUCAUUGAGAUUUUUUGCUGCCUCAGUUUUUGAUCCGCCAAUCCCUAAUUUCGAUUUUUUUUUUCAAAUUUUUUUGCUAAUCGAAGUGCGUGUCAGUUUUAAAUGUAUAGACACAGGAGUGAUGUUUGAAAAUGAUUUUGUAUUCAGUAGUAUUGCGACCUGGAACCAAAAAAUCUGCAGAUGACCACAGGAGAAGAAAGCUAUGGAUCAGAAGCCAUGGGCAGCAUCAACCACAAUCACCGCAUUCGAAAGAGCGCGCUGGAGACCCAGAAUUGUCCAAGUGCCUUCGGACCCGGACCCGACCCCGGAACAGACAUGGAAAUAGCUCCAGUUAAGCCCAACCAGGAAAUUUCGAACAGCGACAAUGACAAUGGACGGCUUCCGGACGUCGUAGUCGAAACAAGGAUCUACGAUGAGGAACAAUGCAACGAAACGUACCUCUCCAUUGCCAUACAGGUCUUCAUCCCUUUCCUGAUCGCUGGUUUCGGUAUGGUUUUCGCUGGUUUGGUUUUAGACAAAAUACAGCACUGGCCUGUAUUUGAAGAGAUAACAGAACUAGUUAUACUAAUUCCGGCCCUUUUGGGUCUCAAAGGAAAUUUAGAGAUGACUCUGGCAUCAAGAUUAUCAACCCAAGCAAAUUUGGGACACAUGGAUACGACCAAACAAAAAUUGAAUAUUAUCGUGGGGAAUUUAACUUUGAUUCAGUGCCAAGCAAUAGUUGUUGGUUUCUUGGGAGCCUUAGUUGCAGUUGUGAUGGGUGGAAUAAAGAGUAAUGACGUUGAACUAGACCACGCUUACCUUCUAUGCGCAAGCAGCUUAGUGACCGUUUCCAUAGCCAGUUUCGUUCUAGGAUUAAUAACAGCUGGAGUCAUUGUCUUAUCCAGAUAUUGCCAUAUAAACCCAGACAAUGUAGCCACCCCAAUCGCAGCUAGCUUAGGAGACAUCACAUCACUCACCCUACUCUCGUGGGUUUCAACAGUGCUCUAUGAUUCCAUUGGAACCCAAGAUUGGUUAGCUCCGCUCAUAAUAGCAGCUUAUAUCCUCGCAAUACCUCUUUGGGUCUGGAUAGCUAAAAGGAACCUGCAAACUCGUGAUGUUUUGUACCAUGGCUGGACCCCAGUCAUGGGGGCGAUGCUCAUAAGUUCCAUGGGCGGUCUCAUUUUGGACUUCAUGGUCUCCCGAUUCGAAGGAAUAGCAGUCUACCAACCCGUGAUCAACGGAGUCGGAGGAAAUUUAGUCGCAGUACAAGCUAGCCGGAUAUCAACAGCGUUGCACAAACAAGCAGAGCUAGGCAUUUUGACUCCGGAGGACGACUCUGACGAAGAGAAGGUUAUAUUCAUCUCACCAGUGACUGGGUUUUGUGGGAAAGGCACGCACGCUAGAACCACGAGAGUCCUGAUGUCCAUGGUCAUCCCUGGUCACAUCAUCUUCAUCUAUACUAUUGAUUACAUGAAAGACUCUGGUUCGCUCAGUUCGUGGUUCGUGGUGGUUUAUCUGUUUGCAGCUGUCAUACAAGUUGCUACCCUUUUGUAUGUAGCAUACAUUAUGAUCCAUUGGAUGUGGUUGAGAAAAAUCGAUCCGGACAACUCAGCUAUUCCUUAUUUGACAUCUAUUGGAGAUCUGCUAGGAAUAUCACUGCUAGCUAUUGCAUUCCAGUUUUUGUAUCUGAUCAGUGACCAUGAUCCUGAUGCAGAAGGCAACUGAGAACACCCUCAUCAGGAACGAGCCAAUUUCAGAUUGAGUACCUUCGAUUCUUUAUUCAGGUUUCAAAACGCUUAUUCCUUGUUUCAAAAUAUCCACUCAUGAUUCAAAAUAUCCAUUCAUAAUUCAAAAUAUCAUGCUUGAUAUGGUUCUAGCAUAAAUUCAACAUAAUUCAAUCCAAUCGUUUUGGUCAAGUUUUGGAACUUGUUUGAAUCCGUAUUGUGAUAAUAGUAAGCGACAAUAGUUGAUAGAUAUGGGAUAUUGAGAUAAUGCCAAGCAAAAACCAAUUAUUUUUUGAGAAAAAAACGGAUAUUAGUUCAAAUUCCAUGGGUGUAUUUUUGUUAAUAUAUAUUUUAUUUUUA